AGUUGCACUGUAUAACACACUCUUCUGCUGAUACAACGCUGUAACACACAAGGAGCAUAGCCUUUGGGACAAAGCUAUAGAAACUGAGGUGAUUUUACAGGUGAAUCGAAAAGCAGGGAAUCAAACCGAAAGAUGGCAACGACUGAUGAUGACUACAAGUUCACCGCUGAGGAAGCGUUCUGUUUUCUGCGCGACGUCUUGCAGAUAGAAUCUGCAGAAACCAAGCUUCAGGCCAACAAGGUCACAUUUCUGGAUGAGUUCAUCAAAGCUAUGACACAUCACAUCCCCUACCAAACUAUCAAAGGAAUCGCAAUACCUGACGGUAGCCGUCGCUUACCAACAGCAGCGGACAUCAAGACGGAUAUCACCUCGAAAGUGGGAGGCCUUUGUUACCAACUUCAGAUUUUCUGCUGGAUGUUGCUGCGUGCUUUAGAGUUCGACGUUCAUCUGGCACCAGGAGAUGGGUUUCAUAAGAAAAAUAUCCACGUUGGUGUUGUUCUCAUCGGCGUCACCUACCAGGGUUCGAAGCACUUGCUCGAAGUUGGGCUCGGCCAUCCGACCUUCCAACUGAUCCCGCUAAAUUUUGAACACUCUUCACCUGAAUAUUGUGAUUCUUAUAUGCGAUAUCGGUUUGUGCAUCAGGGAGAGGAUACGAUCAUCUUCCAGUCCAGCGCAGACACCGUUCCAUCAGUGGCAUGCAAGUUUCCAGAAUUCAUCAACGACGGGUGGUUUUCCUUCAUCUUCUUUCAUACUGACCAAUCUGUUGGUGUGUCUCAUUUCGACUGUGCAAUGAUGAAUAUUUUUUAUUGUAGAUACCGAGGAAUAUUUCCUUGCCAGCUUGCAUUGCGUGGCUUACCCUAA